AUAAAAAACCUAACCCCAAACUAAAAGACCCCGUGGUUGAAAAACCAUUAAUAACCAGUGAAAGAGUAGAAACCAGUGAACCGUCCGGAAUUUCUCCUAGCCACGACCACGAACCAAAUUCACCCAAAACCCCAAUUACGGAACCAACUCCCAAAACUUCUUCCUUGAUUAACGCGGAAAAUUUUUCAUCAACUUCCUCACUAGAACAACCCAGCAAACCAAAAAGAAUUAAAUGUAAAUUUUUUAACUGCUCUAAUUUUCUUACUAAUGCGGAAAAAAUUUAUUGUUCGCAAUGCUACCAACGACAAAAAAGCGGCAUAAUACAGCACGGAUUAGAACAGUCAUUAGACCUUCGCACUCCAAGCGAAAAAUUUACAAUCGAAACAGGACAGUUAGCUUCUCCUUUGGUUGAAACAAACCACAAUCAACCCGCCGCUGAAAUUUCACCAAAUCAACCGAAUAUUUUCCAAUCAUCUCAACCCGCAAUCCAAAUCCCUACUAUUAUUGAACCCACCCGCGAGCAAAAACUAGCCGCUAGAAAAGAAAAUUACCAAAACUCCCGAGACACCCAAUUAGCCGCCGCGGAAGUCAAAAAGCAGGAAAAAGAAAGAUUAGCCCCCAAAGGAACGGCAAUCGGAACCGCAGCAGUCGCAGGAGCAGGAGCGUUAUACGUAGGGAUAGCUUGUGUCAAAGGAUUUUUGCUCUUAAAAGGUGCGGCCGCUACUGCCGCCGCCACGGGAGCCGUAGCCACCAAAAUAACCGCCGCGGCUUGCUUUUGA